AUGUCGGACUACUUGCCAGAACCCAUAAUAGAAAACAUCCUGUUGAGGUUGCCCACCAAGUGUUUGAUGAAAUGCGCCACUGUUUGCAAGUCAUGGAUGUCUCUCAUCGAGUCCUCCACCUUCAUUCAGACCCACCUUGCCCAAGCCAACCACGCUCACCUCCUUCUACAUAACGCCUUCUCCACCGCGGAGGGGGAGAUCUACAGUAGCAAGUCCUACUCUCUGCUCCGGGACGACCCUGUUCUUGGUGAGUGCAAGCUUUUCAACCCUAUUACAUACAACAAUGGGACUAUUGUCUAUAAAGGGAGAAAUGUUUCAGCUCAGACUUUGUUUGUCAUAGGGACUUGUAACGGCCUCCUAUGCCUUGCUCAUGAGAGUGAUUCCCCUAUUUUGAUUUAG